GAAAAUUUACUAAUUGCUGACUUAAGUUGCAUCAAAUCGAUGCCUAACAUAAACAAUGGAUGAGUAUGAAGCACAGUUGGUGGCUGUGGAGCAGGCGCUGGAAAACACCACGGACGAGCAACAGCGGGAAGAACUAUCAACGCUAAGAACGAAUCUGCAAGAGCUCUUGGCCCUCACUCGAGAGACAGAAGCUGACCAAACAGCUGAACAGGGGGACAUCCUGGACGAUGAGUUGCUGCGGCUAAAGAGCGAACUCAAUGAACUGGAGGAGGCAGCUGCCAACGUUGGCGCCACAAAAAAUAAGGACGAAGAGCAACAAUUAAAGGAUCUGCGUGCCAAGUACAAUGCCCUAGUAGGAGAAAAGUGCUCAGCUCCCCACGAGCAUAGCUGGGGUGCCUUGAGCUAUCACAACGCACUCAUCUGUGGCGUAGACGAUGAAGUAAUCAUCAACAGAAAUUCCGAACUGGACGUCCGGUUACGCGUACUUUACAUAAAUCCCACACAUUGCGAAAUGCUACCCUGCAACUACUAUCUCGAGGGAGAGUGCCGUUUCGACGAGAUACGCUGCCGAUAUUCGCAUGGCGCCUUGGUGCCCGGUGCCUCUAUUAAGAGCUACAUUCCCCCAGAUUUUCCCAGGCUCGCUCGCAACUGCCCGGUGCUAGCCAAGAUGCCAGACCGCCUGUGGCAUCGCGGCCGUGUCCUAUGCGCUAACUUUGUGGAGCAAACUUGCCGUGUACGCUUGGAUGGACAGGACCAUAAAGAACGCGAGCGCGAUUUUCAAUUUGAAGAACUUUUUCCACUGAUUACUGAAGAGGAGGAUGGUCUGACCAGCGAGGACAGCAGCUCAAGCCCACACGAUGAAAGCAGUGACGAAAUCGACUCGGAUAUGGACGAUUUAGAGGCGGCACAUCGAUCUCGCAUGGUCGAAUUAAGUUUAUUUACUUUUAAGCCUACUGAAAAACUAGGCGCCUGGGAGCAGUACACACGCGGAAUAGGAUCCAAGCUGAUGGAGAAGAUGGGGUACAUUCACGGCACGGGACUGGGAUCCGAAGGGCGUGGGAUUGUAACGCCAGUAAGUGCUCAAAUACUUCCUCAGGGACGAUCUCUAGAUGCUUGUAUGGAGCUGCGAGAAGCCGCCAAUGGAGACCAAGACUAUUUUAGCGUGGAACGAAAGCUAAAGCGAGCCCAGCGCCGCCAGAACAAAGCCAAUGAGAAGGCCUAUGCUCGAGAGACACAGCGCACGGAUGUCUUCUCGUUUCUCAAUGGGAGCGUGCUAGGCGGUGGAGAGAGCCGUCAUCAAGGCGAUCAAGCUGCUAAGAAGGCAAAAACAAAUGAUCUGCAACAGCACUCUACAAAAACGCUUAAUGUGGAAACGGUGCGAGUGGCCGAUGACAUACGACGCAAGCAAAGGGACAUUGCAAAGGUAAAACAGUCCCUGGACCGUAAUGCCACCGAUAUCCAACUGCAAAAACGGCUGCAUAUGCAGUUACAGAGCCAGAAGCAGGAGCUGGCCACGCUGCAGGCUCAUGAGCACAGACUUAGCAAAGAGCAGCAUACACGUAAGAAUAAGAUGUUUGAGUUUUAAUAAAGUUACAUAUGCUCGUUUA